UGUCCGCUCCUGGGUUUCGAUGUAAUGGGUAAGAGACGUGCGCGUGGCCGUGGAAACAUCAGCCCGAACGCUGAAGUGGCAGCGAGGGGGGAGCAUGUGGUCUGCCUGCUGCAACUGGUUUUGUCUGGAGAGCACAACAGUGGAUGACGCUAGCAGUGCUCGGCCACAAGCCUACACCAACUCUGGGUACACCAGCUACCCUUCACCUGUAGCCCCCGAUCACGUUUGCAAGGCUUGCCGGCUCCUUUUUGAUUCCCAGAACAGGAAGCAUGUUUGCAUGGACUGCAAGAAGAGCUUUUGCAGCCGUUGCUCAGUGCAGCUGGGGCAACGCCCACGUCUCUGCCUCACCUGCCAGCUGUUCUAUGGUGCACUCCAGAACCGCAUUGCCCUUAUGAAGUUCAAGGUAAAGGAUUUGCGAGACUACCUGCACCUCCAUGGCAUCUCCACCCAGAUGUGCCGGGAAAAGGAGGAGCUUGUGGAACUGGUGUUGGGUCAGCAGACUCCCAGUAGCACCAACAGCACUGAACCCACCUUGGUGUCAGCCACAGCUCCACCAUCCUCAGCAGCUCCAAUGCCACCUGAACCACCCCCGCCCCCCACUGAGUCAUCUGAUCUCGAGCCAUUAACUCAGGAAGACAACCAGAGUCCGUCUGAGCCUGUGGCCUCCGGUCAAGAGGGAACACCUGACUCUCAGACCGAAACAGAGGUCCAGGGGCCACAGGAGCUGCAGUCCUCAGACUCUGAGGAGACCAUCACCCUUGGUCGCAGAGCUUCACUGUCAGACCUGAGUCAGGUGGAAGACAUUGAGGCCCUCAGCGUUCGGCAGCUAAAAGAGAUCCUGGCCCGCAAUUUUGUGGACUACAAGGGCUGCUGUGAGAAGUGGGAGCUCAUGGAGAGGGUCACUCGCCUCUUCAAGGAGCAGAAGGACCUCCAAGACCUGGUUUUAAGUGCUGAAGAUGCUGCAGAGUCCGGUGGUGCUCCUUCCCGGGAGGAAAACUUGUGCAAGAUCUGCAUGGACUCACCCAUCGACUGUGUGCUGUUGGAAUGUGGUCACAUGGUCACCUGUACCAAGUGCGGCAAGCGCAUGAGCGAGUGCCCCAUCUGCAGGCAGUAUGUGGUGCGUGCUGUACAUGUCUUCAGGUCCUAAAAAACCAAACUGCAAACAAACACCUCGGAUCUGCCCUUUGGGCAAGGACUGCUAUACCCCAAGCUUCUGGGUUGUAUUGGGGUGCUGUGGAGAGUCUGACUCCAUCUUCAGGGUUUUCCUUCAAUUUUAAUCCAGGUGAAUUAUCAUUCUGAGGAAAUUGUCUCCUGUACCGGACUUCCUUUUCCCUUUGCAGCAGUGAAGUAGUCAGGCUGGGGCUGCGAUUUUGCACUGAUUGACCAUUGUUCUGAGAUGGAUGUGAUCAGUGGCUGCUUGGGGCAUUGUUUCAAUGUCAUCUUGUGUCUGACAUGGAAAAUUGAGACCACAAGUAAAGUGAGCAGCAGUAUGACAUGAAUGCACAGCGAGGGUUGGCAGAGGUCACGUGUGAUCAUUUUGCCACUUUCACUUCUAAAAUCAGGAAGCAGUGUAUGUCUGCUGCAUUCAGUGGUUUGUUAUAGAGCUGAAGGGCAACUGGAGGGGGAGGGGGGUGAUUUUUCAGGUAGACUAAAGGUCAUAGAACUUGACUUGAGCCAACAUUCCCCUUGAAAGCCAGUACCCUUUUGGACAGAAGUGCCUGCUUCAUAGCGGAAAGAACCGCACAAAAAAAUGUUGGAAGUACCAAAGACAGCUGCACAUCGUAGUUAACAUUCUGUUGCUCAUUUCCAAGCCCAGUGCACUCUGCUCAUGGCCUGUUUCUGUUACUCCUGCUUUAAGGAGACAACCUGUGUGGCUUUGGCUAUAUUAACAGGCUUAAUUUUUUAUGGCCUUUGCUAUAUAAAGACUUGAGUUAUGUGGGUGUAAUGUGCACACCCUGGGUGUGUCUCUACCGUGGUAGCAGCAAUUUUCUAAAUCCCAGACUGGACACAGGAUUUUUGUAAUUAAUGAUACGUGUCAUAAUGAAUGUAUAAAAAUACUGUAGUAGAAAAGUCAUGGGCUGACAAACAAUACAAUGUAACGAGUGCAAAACGUGAAAUUUUGGGUUGUUUACCAGCAUUUUCUGGCAAACUCUACCAAGUCACUUUACUGCAGAUUUCAUGUUUUGACUUUUCAACUUUUUAUUUACUUUUCAAAUAUAAGAACUCCUGUUUUCCCAUAGUCUUACCUAGAUUGAUGUCAUAAUUUUGUUUACCUCUGUGUAUUUAUUGAAUUAUUAAUUUAAGAAAGGGCUUUGACUCCAAGUUCUAACUUUUUAAAAAAUUUUGAUGUAGUGUUCAUUCUGUCACCUUUAUGCUUGUAUAUGUUAAUGUUUUUACCAGGGAAGUAAGUAUCUCAAUAAAUUAUCUCUUAUAAAAUAUGAUUUAGCAGGAUUUUUGCCAUUAUUGCCUUCUGAGCAAGUGCCCUGAAGAGUUAUUAUAAAAUUGACUUAUGGAUAUUAUAAUGUUGACCAAUGGGUAAUAGAAGAGUUGGUCUCUGAAUAAAUGUGACUGUUUUGUUUAAAGUGUGUGCUGGUAUAAGUUGAAUGGUUUCUUUAAAUAAAAUCUGAAAA